GAAUGCGAACAAGAAGAAAAAGCGGUCGCAGAUCCAAUUUGAGCAGGAGAAGAAGCUCCAGGAACCCUGGCGCUGGUCGGUGGAAGAGGUUGCGAAAUAUCUUCAGAUUCUGAUCCAAGCCCAGCUGUUCACGCCGAUUUUGCGCGGUUUGAAGAUUUUCGACCCCGAAAACCCGUUUUUGGAUUUUGUGCGCUUCUGCCAAGCCUUCAGUCUGUGCCGCUUCGACAGUGCGAAGGCGUAUUUGCGGAAAUAUGUUACAGCGAUGCAGGAGCAGUGUCAAGGUCAACAAGAAGAGGAG